GUGAGUUUUCUUGCAGCACACCUCGGGAUUACCUCAGGUUUCACAAUGUUUCGGAAUCCCCCAAUUUCAUCUUGGUAUCUGCUUUAUUCGACCAGCAUCUUGCGUUUGCUGAAAACAUACGUCAUCGUUGUAAUGCUCACCGACGGCUGUUCCUCCCAACAACUCGAGGAAAGCACGCCUCCCCCGGAGUUCCAAGAGCCGGGUUGUGAGUUCCAGGGUGUGUUCUACGAUGUUGGUAGCUUGGUGGAAGGAUACGACCCGUGCAGGGAGCAGUGCGAGUGUCGCCUCCAAGAUGGGGAGUCCGUAGGCGGCCAGCCUGAUAUCGUCUGCCCCGUGGCCAGGGUCUGCCAGAACCGCCCCGAUGAAUGCCCCGUCGGUGCUUCCACACUCUGGACAUUUUGCAAGUGCCCGUUUUGUUACAAAGACCCGUUAAUUAUACACACAUACACCACGCCUCCGACUUAUAACUACCAGUACCAUCCUGUUGCCCUGGCAACCCACCGCAUCACCGUCCACAUCGAGGCGACCAACGACGCCUAUCUCGCCUUCUCAGCCGAGCCGCGAGAUCUCCCGAACAUGUACGAGAUUGUGCUGGGCGGCUGGCAGAACAAGUACAGCGUGUUGCGGCGGUGCAAGCAGUGCCGGGUCCUCGCGUGGGCCACGACCAACGACAUCCUCCCUAACAAGAACGCUCAGUCCUUCUGGGUGCGCUUCGAUGAGGGCGUGGUUGCGGUCGGCCUGACGGGUUUCCCGUCCUUUCUCCAGUAUCAUGACCCGGACCCGCUCCCCGUGCGUUACGUUGGGUUCGCAACCAGACUAGGAAGCGCGGGAAAUUUCCGCUUGUUUGAUUUAGACGCGAUUGAACACAUCACAGUCAACUUUGAGCCUAGUGGGGAUUUUACUGGCUGCAUGGCCGCAGUGUCGGUGGACACAACGCCUCUGAUCGCGAUGUCGGAACCCAUGCCGUCAAACUUUGUUUUCCUGUACGUCAGUUCCGACACCGACGUCGUCAUUUCGAUAUCAAACGACAAGGACCCGAGUGUUUCCGAAUCCUACCGAAUCAUCAUCGGACACGGCACUGGUGUCCGCUCGUCCAUAUUGAAAUGCGGCGCAGGGGACCAGCCGCGGUGCGACGAGGUCUUCUUCGCCGAAACGUUCGAAGUGCUCGGCCAGGAUCGCCUGUACGGAUUUUGGCUCGAUGUUGGCGGGUCAACGGAGGGCGCUAUUUCAUUUGGCCGGGAGGGACAUCCUGCUUUUCUGAGCUUUCAUCCUGAAAUAAAUUUACUGCAGGAAAUAUUUUAUUUAGCUUUCUCUGUCCGCAGUGUUGGUUCGGCAAAAAUCAUUGUUUGUUAAUUAAAGCACGUGGAAGGAUAUGUGGUUGUUUCUUUUGUGAUUCAGAGUUAUGAUGAAAAUAGUAACUAAAGCCCGCACAUGCCGGCAAAAAGAAACAGUUAGGGCCUACUGGAUUUAUUUUACAGGGAAGUGUUGCUCUGAAUUUUUAUGAAGCAAAUUACUACGAAAGUCAUUUUUGUUUUGCAAUGAGUUUAUGGUGUAAAUUGUGUCGAAUGAAAUGUUUUCUCUCAUACCAGAUCACCAGAUCCACUGGUAUAACAAUAUGGUAUACUUGCCUAGGGAAAUAGAAAUACUCAUAAAACCUAUAAGUUGUUCGUUAUUCUGAACUGAGAAAAAAAAUGAAAUUAUUAAUUUUUUUCGGUUCUAGCUUUGAAUAUCAUUCUUCCCAGCUAUUCGUUAAAUUCAACACCUUAUCUGUUUAAUGAUUUCUAUAUAAACUGCCUUUAAAUAUAAAAUCAUUCUACAAGGGACGCUGAUAAUCAUAAUUACGACACCAGGUCAUCGUAUAAACUUUCAGGAAUUUUGCUAUUUUAAAGGGUUUUUCUUUUUGCCCAUGGGAUUAUGUGUUAUAGUGUUAGUCUGUUUGUUUGUGUUUUUGCAAAAUAGGGUUUUUAGUCAUGCUAUGGGAGAGCUACUUGACAGUGAUUUAGUUCACUUUUUAGCAAUCCCGCAGGGGCGUGCAAUUAUCUUGGUGUAAGGGUCUUAGUCUUUUUAUGGUUUAAUGUGUAUUUCUUUAAACUUAUGUCUUUUACUGUCUGUAAUAUUAUUAUUAUUUUUGUUUUACCUAUUGUAAAUUUGACCUGUGAAAUAAAAAUGAAAUGAAUGAAAUGAAACUUAAAGCUAGAACAUCCCUACACCUCUCAACCGUUAGACACCAGGGACCCAUCCUUUUAAACAAAAUUCGAUCUUCCUGCCCAACGCCUUCAAUGAGAGCAUGUAAAAGGUUUAAUACUUCUCACUGCUGUUAAUGGUCAAUUUGAUACAAGUUAUUACUCUAACUGCCAAAUAAAGACAUCUAAUAACACAUUGUAAGUUGAGGAUGGUAAUUUAGUAUAUGCCAUGUAAUUUGCUAAUUUUAAUUUAUUAGGUCAUAAUGAAUUUAAU